AUGUCGACCGUAUACCCCACCACCUCGUCCUCUUCCACAAACUCCUUCUCUACCGCCGCGCUCCCCACCCUCAACAUCCACACCGUCUUCUACUCCACACUCGUCGCAUCCUUCCUCUACCUCUGCGCGACCUCCCUCUACCAGCUCUUCUUCUCUCCCUUGGCCAGCAUCCCCGGGCCCUGGUACGCAGCCAUCUCCGACUUCUGGCUCACCACCCAUGUCGCCCGCCUACAACAAUGCAUGACCGUCGACGCUCUCUUCGACCGCUACGGCCCUGUCGUUCGUGUUGGCCCCAAUAAAGUCGCCUUUCGCGACCUCACGACCGCCCGGAGCGUUUACUGCGUCAACAAGUUUGAUAAGAGCCCGUUCUACAAGGCACUGCUUACUAACAACCAUGACCAUGCCAUGACCACCCUCCCUACUGCUGAACACGCUGCCCGUCGCAAGACAUGGGCGCCCCACUACAGCCUAGCCCAUCUCACCAAGUUCCAGCCGGAGAUCGCCGACUCUGUCAUCAACCUUGUACAGAUCCUCGACAGAAAGGGUGGAAACGCGUCUGUCUCCUGCCUCGAUCUCUUCCGCCACCUCAUGGUCGACAUCAUUUCUGUCUCCGUCUUCGGAUCCCGUCCGGGAGCGUUGGACCACUGGGCGGGCGGUGUCCACGACGUACUCGCGAUGGCCGUCAACGACUUUCCUACCCGCGGAAUCGUUAGAAGCUUCAUCCCCAAUUGGGCGUGGGAACUCGUCUGUCGUUUCCCCAACGCAACUUGGCGUCGCAUUUGCAGCUCCGAUAUCAACAUGGCCACCUUCGUGCGCGGGCAUCUUGACAGGAUAGCCGCGAAGAUGCACGCCGGGACCGAGGUUGAAGACAAGACAUCGAAGAUCCCCCUGAUCGAACGCAUGCUUCAGCAGCGCAUCACCGCUACUCAGGAACCUCUCGCCGAACAGACGAUCGUCUCCGAGUGCAUGGGUCACAUCGUCGCCGGUGUCGACACCACAUCUACCUCGUUGUCCUACUUCUGCUGGGAGCUUACGCGCCGCAAGGAGAUCCUUCGUCGCCUUCAGGAGGAGCUUGACGAACACAUGUACGAUCGCCACGCCGUUCCGGACUUUGCGACCCUCUGCAAGCUCCCUUACCUCAACGCGUUCAUCAAAGAGGGGAUGCGUGUCUACGGUCCCGCGCCUUCCCUGCUCGAGCGCGUUGUUCCUUCCACCACCGCGUCCAAGAUCGAUGACUCCUUCGACAUGAUGGGGUACGCGCUCCCUCCUGGGACUACAGUUGCUACCCAGGCGUGGAGCAUGCACCGCGACCCCGAGGUCUUCCCCAGCCCUGAGACUUUCCUUCCCGAACGUUGGCUGGUGGUUGAAGGCGUCAAGGGCGAGGACGAGAGGCUGUCCAGGAUGUCGCAGUACCUGAUGCCCUUCGGCAUCGGCAACCGUGUCUGCGGCGGGCAGAACCUCGCCCAGAUCGUUCUGCGGGUCGCGCUGGCAGCCGUCGUCGCGAACUUCGACAUCUCGGCCAACCGCGAGGAGACGAACGAGAAGACGAUGCAGAUCAAGGACGCUUUCGUGAUCCACCCGGCGACGAAGGAGUGCAAGCUCGUGUUCACCCCGCGGAAGUACUAG